AUGGCAACAGAUCCACUAUUAUGCGUUCACAUCUCUAAAGAGUGUCCCAUCGAAAACACCACGUACGGAUACCGUGUUAAUCUCUGGGUCAAUUGCCUUUUUGCUGCAAUAUUCGUAAUCGCAUUUUUUGCGAAUAUUUUUCUCGGCCUUCGCUACCGCAUCCGCGCUUAUGCCGUUGUCUUGUCCUUGGGCUGCUUGGCCCAGGUGGUGGGCUACGGAGGACGCAUUGGCAUGCACUUUCUUCCUUUCAACGCCAUGCCAUUUCAGAUUCAAGUCUGCUGCCUGAUAAUUGGCCCAGCUUUCAACAGCGCAGCCAUAUAUCUCAUGCUCAAGCAUAUUGUCACCGUUUUUGGUCCCCAGUGGUCCCUUCUGAAACCGAAGCAGUACACCAUUCUCUUCAUCGGCGCGGACAUCAUAUCCUUGGUCCUCCAAGCUGCAGGUGGUGGUAUCGCGGCGACAGCUCGUAUAGGCGACAAAGACGCUGUCAACAUGGGAAACAGCAUUAUGAUGGCAGGUAUCGCCUUCCAGGUGGUAACUCUCUCUAUAUUUGCUCUCUUAACAUUGCUCUUCACCGUGAGGCGCCUUCAGGCAGCGAUGUCCGUCCCUUUGGCUGGCGAUGCGCUUCAAAUCUGGCAGAGUUCCAAGUUUCGAUGCUUCAUCGGUGGAGUCUCUGCUGCCUUCAUCACGAUCUACAUCCGUUGUGUUUACCGCAUUGCUGAGAUGCAAGGAGGUUGGGGCAGUAAGAUGAUGAAGGAGGAAGUUCCAUUUAUUAUUCUUGAAGGCCUGAUGAUUGUUAUCGCAACGUCGGCACAAACAAUUCUCCACCCUGGACCUCUAUUUCCAACUUUUGCUGAACCGAGACUUAAGCUUGAUGCUGAUAGUUCAUACACCGAGCUUCCCGUUUUGAAUAGCUCUCGCGAGGGACUGAGGGAGACAAAGUAG